AGGUGAGGCUGAGGCGUUAGUUGGGUUGCCUGCUCCCAGCCUACAAGGCGCCGGUAGGCAACCAACCAAACACCCGUGUGCGACAUGCAGGCUGCCUCAGCGGCGGGCGCUAGGCCCCAGCAGCGCACCUCCCCCACGAACCACAACGCCCGGGCGCGCCGCGGCGGCAGGCGUGGCCAGGCUAGCCGACGGUAUCGUGGUGCGGCGGCUGUACGAGUCACCCACGCUGCAGGGCCAACAGGACGACGAAAAGGAGGCCGCCAAAGACAGUCGUAGCAGGAUGACGAGGGGCGCGUGGUCGGCAAGGCUGAACACUCGGCCACCCGCUGCUGUGGUCACGCCCGUCCGCAGGUGAGCCACCUUGUUCCUCUCCGGCCUCACAAGCUGACGAUCUCCAGCCCUCCCCAUCACCGUCCCUAGGCCGCCCCCAUCGCAGUCGUCCUCGCACAGCACCGGCCGGUGGUCGUACGGCGAGCUCCCCCUGGCGGUGCACUGGGCUGCAGCCAUGCGCGGCGCCUCCCGCAGUCCCGUCAUGACCGUCACCCCACUGAGGCCCGCUGACAUCACCAAUACCACCAACAGCAACACCGCCUGGGGUGGGCGCAAGCCCUGGGGAGCCCGGCAGCCACCGGCCGCGAUCCAGCAACAGUCCUUCCAAAGGACACUGCCGGCACGCAGCCCUGGCCGCAGCCCUGCCUCCCCGGCGUCCAGUUGCAGCACGGCACCCUUCUUUAUCACGCCCGCGCCCUCGCGUGACACCACGCUAAGGCAUCCCGAGGGGUACCAGCGAGGCCUUCCCACAAGCUACCCCCAAAGUGCCCCGUACCCUCAGGGUCGCGCCUAUGGGCCCCCACAGCGCACCCCGGCUACCACCAUGCAGGACACGACCCACCCCCGCGGCGGCACCACCACCACCCCGCUGUCGUCACCCGCUGCAUACCCCCAGGGUCGCACCUUCGGACCCCCGCAGCGCUCGCCCGCCAGCACCGUGCAGGACGCGCCCCGCACCCGCGGGGGGACCACCGCCCCGCUGCCGUCCCCCGCCACGCCCCGCGGCGGGGGUUACAGCCCGCUUCCCCACCACUACGUGCCGGCGACGGCGCCUCAGCGCGCCACGCCCACCUACGCCCCGGGGCCGCGGGCACCGACUGCCUCGCGGGGCCCCACCCCGCCCCGCCCUGCACCCGGACCAUCAGUGGCCGCCCCCGUUAUCCCCGAUCAUAUCAGGCGCAACUCUGUGCAGCAGGCAGCCCCCGCCCCAAGUCCUUUGGCCCCUAAGCCCAGCUCCUGGCUACCACCACCUCGUGUAGCUGGGGGUGCGCAAUCUACGGCGCCAACUCGGGGACCCACGGGAGCGCUGCCCGCGGCGCCAUCCCGUGGACCUAUUGGCGGUCCAUCCACGGUACCAUCGGUACCACCUCGAGGACCCAUAGGUGCGCUACCCGCGCCGCCGUCCCGCGGGCCCAUGGGUGCUCAGCCUGCGGCUCCAUCCCGCGUACCUGGAACAUAUCCAGACCAAGCGGGUCCUCCAGGAUUAGGAUCAGAGACUCGCUUAACUCCGGUGGUGAAAGUCAUCAGCCAGCGACUGGUUGCAUCUUCUCUUCUCUUCCCAACUGUUGAGUCUGCUUGA